GCUGGGUCGCUGCUGAGAGCGGCGGGCGGGAGGCAGGCAGGCAGGCGAGCGCCGGGCCGGCGGGCAGCAGGGAGAGGCGGGGUCCGCAUUGCCGCUGAGAGGCGAUGGCGGAUAUAGACAAGCUCAACAUCGACAGCAUCAUCCAACGGCUGCUGGAGGUGAGGGGUUCAAAACCAGGUAAAAACGUCCAACUUCAAGAGAAUGAAAUUAGAGGACUGUGCUUGAAAUCCAGAGAAAUAUUUCUCAGUCAGCCUAUUCUACUAGAACUUGAAGCCCCACUUAAAAUAUGUGGUGACAUCCAUGGACAAUACUAUGACUUACUUCGACUCUUUGAAUAUGGAGGUUUUCCACCAGAAAGCAACUAUCUAUUUCUUGGUGACUAUGUUGAUAGAGGAAAACAGUCUUUAGAAACAAUUUGUCUCUUAUUGGCCUACAAAAUCAAAUAUCCUGAGAAUUUUUUCCUUCUUAGAGGGAACCAUGAAUGUGCCAGCAUUAAUAGAAUUUAUGGAUUUUAUGAUGAAUGUAAAAGAAGAUAUAACAUUAAGCUGUGGAAAACUUUUACAGACUGUUUUAACUGUUUACCAAUUGCAGCCAUUGUGGAUGAAAAAAUAUUCUGCUGUCAUGGAGGCCUGUCGCCAGACCUUCAGUCAAUGGAACAGAUUCGGCGAAUUAUGCGCCCCACUGAUGUACCAGAUCAGGGUCUUCUUUGUGAUCUGUUAUGGUCUGAUCCUGACAAAGACGUCUUAGGAUGGGGUGAAAAUGACAGAGGAGUGUCCUUCACAUUUGGUGCUGAAGUGGUUGCAAAGUUUCUCCAUAAACAUGAUUUGGAUCUUAUAUGUAGAGCUCAUCAGGUGGUUGAAGAUGGGUAUGAAUUCUUUGCAAAAAGGCAAUUGGUAACUCUGUUUUCUGCCCCAAAUUACUGUGGAGAAUUUGACAAUGCUGGUGCCAUGAUGAGUGUGGAUGAAACUCUAAUGUGCUCUUUUCAGAUUUUGAAACCUGCAGAGAAAAAGAAGCCUAAUGCUAGCAGACCUGUAACGCCACCAAGGGGUAUGAUCACAAAACAAGCGAAGAAAUAGUAAAUUUGGUACUGCCUAGUUGGGACUUGUAUUAUAGUAUAUAACCUCCAUUUUUAAAACUGUAACGUGUACUGUUCAGCUUGCUCAAAAUAGAUAACGUGUUUGUGGUUUUUCAUUUUGAUUUAAUGAAUGGCAUUUGCUGGUUGUAACAGCAAAUGAAAGACUUUUCUCCCUUCCCAAGAAGAGUUUUUAAAACUUCCCUUAUGUCGGUGUUACAGCUGUACACUCCACAGCAUCUUAUCCUGUCAUUAUGGGUAAUUGUACAACUGACUUUUUUGAAUCUGUACAAUGAGUAGUGUAAAUGCUUGUUUUCUUCUUUAGGAACUAAAGAGGGCACUAGUGUGCUGUGAGAUUAGAAAUUUGUUACUGUCUGAAGUUACAUACUGUUUAUACAAACCACUGUGAACUUUUUUUACUUUAAAAAUUUGUUUUAAAGGGAUUGCUUUUCUUUUAAUGUCUUGUCAUGUACACAUUAGUUUUAUUGCUGUCAACAUAAGAAAUAAUCCUCAACCUGACCAGCAUCACUGGUAUGAUGUAUAUUUAAUUAAAGCACACUUCCCCUCCCAUAUGCUUUAAAUGAAAAUUAAAGCCAUUAUUUUAAA